GUGUAAAGGGUAAACAAUCCUCCGUCAUGUCAAUCGAGUCGUCGUCCUUUCGAAGCAAACCUCGGUCCGUUAUCCUUAAAGGGGUUUUGAAUUCAACCGGAUCAUCGCCAGCUUCGCACGUUAAAUUUACUGCUGCCAGUGACUACAAGCUUAUCCUAAAUCGGUUGAAGUGCGAGUUCGAGAAACGGUACGAAGCAUCCAAAUCGCUGCCGCUGUCAAGUUUGGACGAUUAUGACGUUCUGAAAACGAUCGGGACUGGAGCCUUCGGAGUAGUCCGUUUGGUGCGCAAGAAAAACACGGAACUCUAUUUUGCCCUGAAAAUUCUGUCCAAGGAAGCGAUCGUCCGGAAUAAACAGUUGCAGCACACGGCCAACGAGAAACGAAUUCUACAGAGUGUACAGUUUCCCUUCUUGGUGAAUUUGGAGGCUUGUUUCAAGGAUAAUUCGUACAUCUACCUGAUGAUGCCGUUCAUUUGUGGGGGAGAAAUGUUUUCAUUGCUGCGAAACUGUCGAAGGUUUGGAGAGGAUCAAGCAAAAUUUUACGCUGCACAAGUUCUACUGGCCCUGGAGUAUCUCCACCACUUGAGUCUGAUUUACAGGGAUUUGAAACCGGAGAACAUCCUGAUCGACCACACUGGUUACGUCAAAGUGACCGACUUUGGUUUCUGUAAAAUAAUUAAGGAUCGAACCUGGACGCUUUGUGGAACGCCCGAGUAUUUGGCGCCGGAAGUGAUCCAAUCGAAGGGCUACGGGAAAAGUGUCGAUUGGUGGACUUUCGGAAUUCUGAUCUACGAAAUGGUGGCCGGAUAUACGCCAUUUUAUUCGCGAUCCGCCGAUCAGAUGCAACUGUUCGAGAAAAUUUGCAAAGGAAAGUUUCGUUUUCCGUCCAGUUUUAGCGAACCAUUGCGGCAUCUGGUGAAGAACAUCCUUCAUGUGGACCUAACUCGACGCUUUGGUAAUUUGAAAGACGGAUCCGGCGAUAUCAAAAGCCACGCAUGGUUUCAAGGCGUCAACUGGAUUGGGCUGCUCAAUAAAGAGGUGGAGGCGCCGUUCAAACCUAAGGUUCAUGGACCGGGCGAUACGUCCCAGUUUGAUGUUUACAACGAAAAAAAUAUGAGAGUUGCUUCCAAAUGUUUAUAUGCUAGGGAAUUUGCUGAUUUUUAGUUCAAAUAGUUUUUUUUAGUACUUUUCAAUAAAACAUAGUGAUG